CAAUUGGAUAAUGAAAAUCACUUGUCACAAGUUCAUAACCCACAAGAAUGAAGUUGGGUUUUGUUCCAAACACCCUCCCUUCCUCCUUCUCCUUAACUUCCCUAAUUUUCAAACUUCCCAUCUCAUUUCCCUUCUCUCACCCCAAAACUACUUCUUCAGGAAGAAAGAGCUUAGUUUUUCGUGUGCAAAACAUUGACCAUAGAAUUGAACCAAUUCCUAGUCAUUUGAUGGCUUCAGAAAAUGAAUUCUCAGAACUCAACAGAAAUCUUUACCCGCAAAUAGAACCCUACAGUACAGGAUUUUUGAAGGUUUCAGAUCUUCACACAAUUUACUGGGAGCAAUCAGGAAACCCCAGUGGCCAUCCUGUUGUGUUCAUUCAUGGUGGUCCUGGAGGGGGAACUUCUCCAAGCAAUCGGAAAUUUUUUGAUCCUGACUUUUACCGAAUUGUUCUAUUUGAUCAGCGAAGUGCAGGGAAAAGCACACCACAUGCUUGCUUAGAGCAAAACACCACAUGGGACCUCAUUGAUGACAUUGAAAAGCUAAGAGAACACUUGGAGAUUCCAGAAUGGCAGGUAUUUGGUGGAUCAUGGGGAAGCACACUUGCCCUUGCAUACAGCCAAUCUCACCCGGACAAGGUUACUGGCAUGAUCCUCAGGGGGAUUUUCCUUUUAAGGAAGAAAGAAAUUGAUUGGUUUUACGAGGGAGGCGCUGCUGCUAUAUUCCCUGAUGCUUGGGAGCCAUUUAGAGAUCUUAUUCCAGAGAGUGAGAGAGGAUGCUUUGUUGAUGCCUAUAACAAGAGAUUAAACUCUGAUGAUAUCAAAACUCAGUAUGCAGCUGCUAGAGCGUGGACCAAAUGGGAAAUGAUGACUGCUCAUCUUCUUCCAAAUGAAGAGAAUAUAAAAAAAGGGGAUGACGAUUACUUUUCGCUGGCAUUUGCAAGGAUUGAAAACCACUAUUUUGUAAACAAGGGAUUCUUCCCCUCUGAUUCAUUCCUGUUGGACAGAAUUGAUAAAAUAAGGCAUAUAAACACCACAAUCGUUCAGGGAAGAUAUGAUGUUUGCUGUCCUAUGAUGUCAGCCUGGGAUCUUCAUAAAGCUUGGCCAGAGGCAGAUUUUAGGGUGGUUCCUGAUGCAGGGCAUUCAGCCAAUGAACCAGGCAUAACUGCUGAACUAGUGGCUGCAAAUGAGAAAUUGAAAAACAUAAUCAAGAACAAAGGGGACUGAAGUGAGUGGACAGGCAAACAGGAACAAAGGCUGCAGUUUGGAGACCGACUAAUCAAAUGGUGCAACAUUCAUCUACAAGCAAAAUACUGCAAUGUCCAUGUAUUUAAAAACACUAGCAUACCGUGAACUCAAAGAUUGUCUUCAUCAUUGUCUUAAUAAAAACACUAGAAUAAUGGAAAUGAUCAUUGUUGCACAAAAAUCA